AUAAAUUAGCAAUCUUCAUUAAUUCGAUAAUUAUUACAUCAAUCCACACAUCCUGUCCUUCUUUGCCCGGAAAAAAUUUUAAGCGCGCACAAAUAGUCUCUCUCUCUCUCGAGUUAAUUAUUUCCAGUACGUCGCAUUAGUAUGGCGAGUAUUGCAGCGGCGUCGGGGGUGGAGGCGCUAGGGCUGAUCAGCCUGAUCGUAUCGUCGGCGAGGAAUGCUACGAUGCAUCGCAGGAAUUGCGAGCAGCUUGCGGAACACGUGAAGGUGAUAGGAAACUUGCUGGAGCAACUGAAAUCGACGGACCUGAUGGCUCUGCCGGCGAUUCGAGAGCCGUUGGAUGGAAUGGAAGAGGCGUUGAAGAGAGCGUUGGAGCUGGUUAAGAGUUGCAGAGAGAAGAGCUGCCUCUACAUGCUUGCCAUGGGAUGGAGCGUAGUGUAUCAGUUCCGUCAGGUUCAGGACGAGAUUGACCGGUACCUUAGGCUCGUACCGUUGAUCUCGCUUGUACAUGAAUUCUGCCUGCAGAAUAUGAAGGAAGGUCUGAAAGUAAUAGAAGAGGAUCAAAGAGAAUACAGUCUUGAUGGAAAAGAUGUAGAAGCACAGAGCGUGAUAUUAAAACCAGACAGAACAAAGAAGGACGCCGCCAUUUUAGAGAAGUCACUCUCCUGUAAAUAUCCUGAAUUAGGGUUCUACCAGGCUCUCCAAGAAGAGAAAGAGAAGCUCCAUGUCGAGCUGCAAAGAUCUAGAACCCUAAACGACACCAAGCAAUGCCGUAUCAUCGAACAUCUUAUUGAUGUGACUGAAAAUGUUGUGAAUGUGCUACCGGGGAAGAAGGUGAACAAGCUUCUUGUCAAUGAACCAACAUAUGUCAUUUCGGGGUAUAUGUCUAAUGCAAAAGCCAGCCGUGGAGCACUUGGGUUAAAACCUGACGAGGAUCAAGGUCUAAGUGAAUGGCAGGUUGAUCUUUUCGAUUGUUGCAGGGAGCCUUGUUUGAGCUUGAAGGCCUGCAUUUAUCCCUGUGGAAUAUUUUCGAGGAUAGCAAAUGCGGUCUCGGGAGGAAAAAUAUCUCGUGAGAAAGCAAUCAACGACCUAAUGGCCUACUCUCUCCUCUGUGGAUGUUGCUGUUAUUCUUGCUGCGUGAGGACAAAACUGCGAAAAAAUUUUAACAUAGAAGGAGGGGUAUGCGAUGAUUUCUUAACACAUCUCGUGUGUUUUUGCUGUGCAAUGGUUCAAGAGUGGCGUGAGCUUGAGGUCCGAGGCUUUGCAGGUUGUCAGGGAAGAAAGAUGAUUCCUCCACCUUAUCAGUAUAUGAAGCCAUGAAUGCCCUCAUUUUGUGAUGACAUGCAGCAACUCUGUAAAGUAUAGAUAAGGAGAGCGAAAAUACGAGGAUAUGGAUAGAUUAUAUUCUAUGAUAUCUAUGUUUAUGAAAGAACUACCUGUCUGUAACAAAUGAAAUUAGCAACAAUACAUAAAAAUUAAACCA